AUAUAAACUGAACUUUUGGUUAGUUUUCAGAGACAAUACGCUCACCUCACUUAAACAAUUGAAUCAGUAUCAGAAGUUGUUUUGAGUACCCUUAAUUAGUGAGAAUGGCACUUCAGGCUGCUUCUUUGGUUCCCUCUGCUGUCUCUGUUCCCAAAGAGGGAAAAACUAGUGCUUCUUUCAAGGACUCAAGCCUGUUUGGAGUUUCUCUAGACCAUUUCAAAGCUGAAAUCAGCUCUUGUGCUCUUCGGUGCAAGAGAACAGGGCCAGUGAAAGCUCAGACAACGGCCACCACAACUCCGUCAGUGGCAAAGUCAUCCUCAGAGGGAAAGAAAACUCUAAGAAAGGGAAGUGUCAUAGUCACAGGGGCCUCCUCUGGAUUGGGUCUAGCCACAGCCAAGGCUCUUGCUGAGACUGGAAAAUGGCAUGUGAUCAUGGCCUGCAGGGACUUUCUCAAGACUGAAAGAGCAGCUAAGGCUGCAGGCAUUAACAAAGAAAACUACAGCAUCAUACAUUUGGACCUCGCUUCCCUCGACAGCGUCCGCCAAUUCGUGGAUAACUUCCGCCUGUCCGGGCGACCACUAGAUGUUUUGGUCUGCAAUGCUGCCGUUUAUCAGCCAACAGCUAAGGAGCCUUCGUUUACCGCUGAAGGGUUUGAACUAAGUGUUGGGACUAACCAUCUUGGCCACUUUCUCCUCGCUAGGUUGCUUCUUGAGGACUUGAACAAAUCUGAUUACCCUUCAAAGCGUCUCAUCAUUGUUGGCUCCAUAACAGGGAACACAAACACUUUGGCCGGAAAUGUACCUCCGAAGGCCAACUUAGGUGAUUUGAGGGGGCUUGCUGGUGGACUAAAUGGGCUAAACACGUCAUCCAUGAUCGACGGUGGAAGCUUUGAUGGCGCCAAGGCUUACAAAGACAGCAAAGUCUGCAACAUGUUGAUCAUGCAGGAAUUCCACAGGCGCUUCCAUGAGGAAACAGGGAUCACGUUUUCUUCCCUUUAUCCUGGCUGCAUUGCCACAACCGGCUUGUUCAGAGAGCACAUUCCCUUGUUCAAGCUUCUCUUCCCUCCAUUCCAAAAGUACAUUACCAAGGGCUUUGUGUCAGAAGAGGAUGCUGGCAAAAGACUUGCUCAGGUUGUGAGCGACCCGAGCUUGACAAAGUCAGGAGUUUACUGGAGCUGGAAUAAGGCCUCAGCUUCGUUCGAGAACCAAUUGUCAGAGGAAGCUAGUGAUGCUGAGAAGGCUCGUAAAGUGUGGGAAAUCAGUGAGAAGCUUGUGGGUUUGGCCGAAUAAAUUACCAACUUGAGUUUGUCAACUGAUCUUUUGUGUCCCCAAAAUAUGAGAUGGCUCUUUUCAUUAGCGUGCGGGUUUGGAGAAUUUAGGAAAGCUUUGUUUGCUGUAGAGAAAAUUCUCUUGUAGAUGAGUUGGGGUGUAUGUAACCAGUUUUAAUAAAAAAAAACACACUCAGCGUUGUUGCAAA